UUUCUUGCGUAAUGGGUCGUGCGCAAGGCUGUUAAGGUCGGCGCCGGAUUCAGAGGAGGAAUUCUGUCUGUCAUGGCCUUCUCCAAUCCUUGGGAUCCGGUGCAGCCCACGGCGGCUGGACUACUGCUGUCUCGCUGCCUGUCCUCCGGGGUGGUGUCGCAGGAAGUUCUGGAUAUAUGUGGUAAACCAGGUCCUUGCUUUGUUCAUCUCUCAGAGGCAGAACAAAUUUUAAACCACCAAGCUGAAAUCAAUCAGAAUAACCUGGAUACUGAAAUCCUACAGAUGGAAAAAGAAACAGCAGACGUUGCUCACUCAUUCUAUCUGACUCAAAAAUGCCAAAUUGUUCAAGGGAUGAACAGGCACCUAGAAGCAGUGUUGAAAGAGAAAAGAAUUCUUAGGCAAAGGCUAAUGAAACCAUUGUGUCAGGACAGUCUGCCCAUUGAAGCUGUCUUCCACAGGUAUGCUGUAGAGCUGUUAGCACUGGCAAUGGCUUUCAUUGAAAAAUUAGAAGCUCAUCUAAUAACAAUAAGGAGCAUUCCUCAAAUACCUCUGAACAUAAAGAACAUGGACAGCGCACUAGCAAAGAUGGAUUUGUUGGUGACAGAGACUGAAGAACUGGCAGAACAAAUACUGGAAUGGAGAGAAAAACAAAAAGGAAUUUUUUGUGACAAUUCUCAGCUGACUAUAGAAUCAACUCCCCACUAACACACUCUUUAUUUCUCCCUUCUCCUCCCAUUUUUCCCAGACAGAAUGCAAGAUAACAGAGUGGCUGUUUAACAGUUUUAUAAGAUAAAUACAGCACAGAUGCAUUUUAUUCUUGUUCUCAAAUAUGCAACUAUUUGUCUUACCUUCUGAAAUAAAUAUUUGUAAGUGCAGUUAAUGUUAAGUAGGAGUGUCCACUGAGAUGUUAAAUGACUUCUUCAGGCCAUUGGCCAUUUAGAAUUCCCUGAAGAAUAUUUUAAUACAGCAAUCCUGUUGACAUUGUUUAGCAUCAACUUGAUGUACCGAUGUCCAAUAUUUAUAGUGUGACUAACUGUGCAAUCCUAAACAGAGUUACUCCAGUCUAAGCCCAUUGAAAUCAGUGAGCUUAGACUGGAGUAACUCUGUUUCGGAUUGCCUUGUAAACAGUUUAAUACUACCCAUUUCUACAAGUGAGGAUUUUUUAAAAUGUUGUAUUGAAAUUCAGUAGCGCUAAUAGGCUAUAAAGUGAGAGUUAUCACCAUGAACUGCAGGCCCUGCCCCUUUUUGUAUAGUAAAUAAAUUUUUUAAAGUUUCUGUGAUUUUCCUAUAGUGCUCUUUAAAUGGGUUUUAGCUGUCUGUAUUAAAUAUAGGAAAUACUAUAUUAAUGAAAAUAUUAAAUAUAAAUUGU